AUGGCCUUUCAUUGGACUUCCGCCAUUGCCGUCGCCAUCCUUACCGGUUGGGGAGGCGGCUGGCCUCUUGCGCUUGGUUUCCGCUGGGGCCCCGAGGAGGAACCUACACCGCGGCCUCGGGCCCCGCCUACUGCAAAGGUGGCCUGUGGAACUCUGAAGGGCAGCUGGGAGAAGGGCGUGGCGGCUUUCCGCGGCAUCCCCUAUGGAAAGGCUCCCGUGGGACAGCGCAGAUUCAAGCCCUCCGAGCCGGCUGCCUGUUGGGAGUCGGGGCGCGUGCUGGAAGUUGCCAAGAAUGGUCCGAUCUGCUUCCAGGGAAAGGGAGGGCCGGGACGGUUCCACGCCUUCAAGCAGUUCGUUGGCCUCGCUGGCGAGGAAGAGGAGAGCGAGGACUGCUUGAACCUCAACGUCUUCGCUCCCGAGAAGGCAAAAGACUUGCCCGUUUUCGUGUGGAUCUAUGGCGGUUCGAGUGUGGAGGGUCAUGUCGGCUGGGACUUCUACGGCCCGCUCGACAACAUCGUGCGCCGUCAUCCCUCCAUCGUCGUGGCCAUGAACUACCGCCUGGGCGUUUUGGGUUACCUGGCACUCAAGGAACUCUCGGCCGUGGACCCCCGAAAAGGCAGCGGCAAUGCAGGAAUCACGGACCAGCAGCUUGCGAUGCAAUGGGUUCAGGAGAACAUCCAUGCUUUUGGUGGGGAUCCCAAUCGCGUGACCCUCAUUGGACAAAGCUCUGGCGGCACGAGCAUCCUUGGGCACCUUGCAUCCCGCAGCAGCCGCGGCCUUUUCCAUGGUGCCAUCUCGCUCUCAGCGUCUCCGAACAUUACCAUGGGCCGAGCCACGAAGGAGGCGCAAGACCGUGCGUUGCUCCUUCCCCACACGCCCUGCGCCGGCAUGAGCGAGUCCAAGUUGCUCGACUGCCUUUACACGGCGGACGCUGCUGAGCUGGAUGGCGCUUUGCCAACUUCCUAUUCGGAGCCCGAAGCGGACGCCCCGAUCUUCGAUUACCCCACGACCAAGGAUGGCCUGGGGAGCAGAAUGCACGGAUUGGUCUUCGUUGACGGAGAGACCAUCAGCAUGCCCGUCCUCGACGCACUGAGAAUGGGUCUCAACGAUGUUCCGCUGCUGCUGCAAAGCACCCAGGCAGAGCUUGACAGUCCAAACAAAGCCGCGCUUUGGGACGUCUGGUCACGCAAGGAUUUUGGGCCGUUUCUCCACAAGAACUUCGACAAAGCCUACGGGGCAGAGGCGGUGGAGAAGAUUCGGAAGUUCUACGACAAGUACGAGCCGCCUCAGUAUGGGGUCUUUGCUCUGGACUCGGACACUGGGCUGGCGUGUGCUCUGAGGCGCCUUGCCAUGGCAGCCCGCGAAGGUUUCCGAUCGCCGGUGUACUGGAGCACCGUGACCAGCAUGCCGCAGAGUACCGUGGCCUUCAUGUGGGACCUACCCUUCCACAACUGGGACUUCAUGGCGGCCGUUGGAAACUGGGACACCUUCGGCUACACCCCACAGGAGAAGGACCUGGCUUUCGGUGAGCGCCUGCUUGGCGAUUGGUAUCAGUUCCUGACCCAGGGGAACAUCACAAGUCGCGGCUAUGCUCCCGUCCAGGCCACCAAAGCCUCUGAGAACGUCAUCGGCAACGAUGUCGGCGAGACGGUGACAUCCGUGCGGCCGAACCACAAGCAUGACGUCUGCGAGUUCUGGGAAUCGAUCGGCGUGGACCAGCGAUGGUGGUGGAUCAACUGA